AAAAAAAAAACACCGAAAACCUGAGAAAGAAACCUAACCUCCUAAACCCCAUACCCUCUUCGCGAGCCGCCGUCACCUUCGCGAGCUGCCAUUUUCUUAGCUACUCAUGAUUAAGCGGCGGUUCUACAGGCAUGAACACGUCGACCGGGAUGGUCAUUCCUCCUCGUCUUCUGAUUCGGACUCCGACUCCGUUUCGGAGGUCCAGUCGGACAGGGAAGUAGAACCGCAUGGGGAGACGGAGACAGAAGAAGUAGGGGUAAUCGAGGAUUCCAGCGACUCCGACGCAGAUGAAGAUGAUGAAGAUGGAGAAGAUUCAGAAGACGAGAUGCAGCAGCGCCGCUUCCCUUUUUCUGCUGUUCAUCCUAACAUUAGAUCUAGUGAACCAAUUGUUGGCGCAGAAGCUAAAAAAUAUGGGACGGUCAAUGCUGGUGACAUUUCUGUUGAUUGCAAUGAUCCCAUUCAAGCUGAUCUCAUUUUUAUCUUGAAACAUAAGUCAGUUUUCAAGUGCCGUCUCUGCCCAAAAGUUAUCUGCUUAAGCGACGAGACAGUUAAGAGACACCUCAGUUCAAAGGCGCAUGCUCGUUUCAAGAAACAAUUUCAAGUUGGAACGCUCAAAGUGAUGCUUAAUAGUGAUGGUGAAAUUGAAGAAGAGCAAGAGACUCAUGCAGAGAGGUAUGCACGGAUCGUAGCUCUUGCCAAGGAAUCAAGUUCACCCAAGAAAAAGUCAGCGUGGCGACAACGGGCCAAGAGGAGGAAGAAGAGGAUGCUUAGCCGCUCCAACAAUGAGAAUAUAAAAAAAGAAGAGAAGCAGGAGAAGAAACCGCAAAAAACUGAGGGGAAAAAAGAGAAGCCCAAGGAGCAGCGGGACAAUAAACAACAUAAAACUGAGGGGAAAUCGGAGAAGCCAAAUGUGAUGCUGAAAAAGAAAGCAAAUAAAAUUGAAGGGAAAACUGAGAAGCCAAAGGAGAAGCGUGGAAAGAAACGUCUAAAAACUGAGAACAAAGAGAAGCCAAAGGAGGAGAAACAUGAAAAGAAACGUGCAAAAACUGAGGAGAAUACCCAGAUACCAAAGGUGGAGAAACAAGAACAGAAACGACCAAAAACUGAGGGUACCGAUAAGCCAAAGGAGAAGAAGAAAAAGAAAGAACGAAAAACUAAAGGUUGAAGAAGAUCGAUUACCUUCAUUUCUACAAUUUAGCUUCGUCAAUUUUGCAGGGUUUUGUUUAGUGACUAGUUGGUGAUCUUUACCUACUUCAUUAUUCUGAAAAAAAAAUUCAAUCUUUCCUCGUGGAUCAAACAUAUCUAUAUUCUUUGUUGUUAAUUGUUAAGAGUUUCUAUACUGAAAUGCUUCAUUAUUCACUAUUUUAAUUUCUGAAACUUUUUUA